UGAAGGUGGGAGGGUCCCUUUAAGCAAUAUUGUGCAGAAACCCAGAAACGGCGCGGGACAUCAGACUAACCAACAUGGUGUGCGACAAGUGUCAGAAGAAGCUCGGCAAGGUGAUCACGCCAGACGUGUGGAAGUCGGGCGCACGGAACACCACAGAGGGGGGCGGCCGAAAGGUGGGCGAAAACAAGGCGCUCACCUCCAACAAGAACCGCUUCAGCCCGUACUCGAGCGGCUCGUUCACCGCGUGUCGCAUCUGCCGCACAAAGGUGCACCAGGUGGGCUCACACUACUGUCAGGCGUGCGCCUACAAGAAAGGCAUCUGCGCCAUGUGCGGUAAGAAGCUGCUCGACACGAAAAACUACAAACAGAGUUCAGUGUGAGCGGUGAUGUGAACUGGUGAUUGCAGGGUGGUGUGGUGGACAGAUGACGUGUCUUCAAUAUGUGGUGUGCGUCGUGCUUGUUCUGUGGGAAUAUAAUGUAAGAGAUCAAGUAAUCUCGGAUGACAGAAUAACAGAAGAUAAUGCGGUGUGACUGACAGACGUGUGAAGCCGUGACUUUUAUUGGACAACUGAUGAAGUGGGUUUGUGUCAGAUUCAGUUGUUGUGUUUACAUACGGUGUGAAUUGUCGCUGAGUGACCCAGCAGUUGUCCCGUGUACCUGUCUAGUUUCUGUCUCAUCGUACAGACUUCAACAAAGGAUGAAGCCGGUGAAGCGUGCGGUGCUCACCAGUUAUUAAGUAAUGUGGACAUUGUACUGUGACGUGGUCAUUUUUGCUCGUCACCACAAGAUCGUGUUUUCUAUGCCUCUGAGAAGCAAAGGUAGACGCUGCUUCCAGCUCGACGCUUACUAUCAUUCGUUACUUCUGCAAUUCAUUGGUAUUUCUCUCGAGUACUCGAAGGUGCACUUUACUUUCCAUCUGAAGUAGCUUUAAGUCCUUAUCUGGUUUAACAAUGCAGAUAGAAAGAAUUGUGUCAAUAAAGAUCUCUGUGAACUAGG